AAGCUGCGAUUUGCUCGCGCAGGGCUGCGGCGGAAGCCACGCAGACCUCGCGCAGAGUGAAAACGUGGCCCCGUAACUGGGACAGCGGCGUAGCCAUGGGGGCUCCUGGAGGAAAGAUCAACCGGCCUCGAACGGAGCUGAAAAAGAAGCUGUUCAAGCGACGGCGUGUGUUGAACCGCGAGCGGCGACUGAAGCACCGGGUGGUCGGGGCUGUAAUAGACGAAGGGCUGAUCACUCGGCACCACCUCAAGAAGCGGGCGUCCAGUGCACGUGCCAACAUUACUCUGUCUGGGAAGAAGCGCAGAAAACUCCUCCAGCAGAUCCGGCUUGCCCAGAAAGAGAAAGCAGCCAUGGAAGUGGAAGCCCCCCAAAAGCCAGCCAAGCCUUGUCAACUACGGCCCAAAUGGCGAAAGAAGACAAAAACUCCCCAGGACGUAGAUAUGGAAGACCUUGAGGAUGAGAGCUAAAUCACUCACCCUUCCACCAGCAGAUUCUCACUUGGAGCCAGGAGGACUCUCGUUGUUUCACAGGACUUUGGGGAAAGCAUUGUACCUUCUUAAUCUCCCCAGAGUCCCCUUACAUUAUGGCCUUCUGAUCUGCCCUGGAGGGAUGUAUCGAGAAGAACGAGGAAGAGAAGAAAGACUGGAGAAGGGGCUCCUUAGCAGUUAUCUCCAUUUGUAAUAAAGCUCUAGAGUCCUCACUGGGAUGUGUGAUUACAUGUAGAAAUGGGGAUGGGCCAUGAAAAGAGGUCUUUGAGUCAGGAAACAGGACCUAUAGAGCUUACUUGAGCCAAGAGAUCAAGAAGCUAGCCUCAGUGAUGUUCCCGUCUUCUCAGUGAGUGAUGCUCCAGCUUUCUGUUUCUGACAAAAAUAAAGAUUAUAGAGAAGGCAGAAGAAAGUAAGGGUCUUGAUACCGGCUACCACUGCCUCUGUGUGACCAGGGCAGACAAGUCACUUGAUAUGUUAAUUUCUGCCUUUGCUGGAUUAUGUUUUUAAUAAAGUGGAGACCAAACAUUA